AUGUCAGCUAAUUCAAUAAAUGAUAUUAAAGUAGAUCAUUUUGGUUCAGGAAUUGAUUAUUUAGCAACAACAAGUCUUGGUCCAUGCAUUGGCUUCGUUGUUCUAUUAGAUAAUAAUCAACAUAUAUUUAUUGAACAUCGAAGUUCUGUAUACAUUCCACCCUUAAUCAAUUUGGCAACUGUUCGUUUAUGUUUUCAAAAUAUUGCUAAACAUGUCUCUGACUUAUUACCAAUAUCAAGCAUAACGAGUGUCUGGAUAUUUGGUGGAUUGAGUAACGAUUUAAAUUAUAACAAAACAGUGAAGGAAAUCAAUUUUCUUGUUGAAAGUAUAAAGUAUUUUCGUUUACGUGCUGAACGUGUUGGUGCAGAAGAAGUUAAAAAUGAUAUGGCAGCACAAUUGAUGAACGAUGCGAAACAAUUGUAUAAAAAAACAAAAGCCGAUAAGAAACGUCAAAUAGAGUUAAUACCUGCUGAUAAAGAAAUAUUUGAGGGUUUAGCUAAUAAAAUCAGUUGUUUUUCAUCAAAUAAAUGUUCACAAUUACAAUCACAAUCAUUAUAA